AUGGAAUUCCUUCGCCAAUACCUGGUGGGCCGGAAAGCGUCGUUGGAUGUGCGGACGUUGCUCCUUUUUGGCUUGCAGGUAGCCUCUGCCCUGGAAUACCUCCACGGCCAACAAUUCGUUCAUCGAGACCUGGUGAAACUUUCUGAUUUUGGUCUUUCUCGAGCAUUGGAUUACGAUGCCGUUUAUACAGCCUCUCGCGGCAAAUUGCCAAUCAAAUGGAUGGCCCCGGAAUCGAUCAAUUUCCGUGAAUUCUCGAUGGCGAGUGAUGUAUGGAUGUUUGGUGUAUGCUGUUGGGAAAUUAUGUCAUGGGGACAGAAACCAUGGACUACCGUAUCUAAUGCUGAUGUUAUUGGCGAGAUUGAGGCCGGGAAACGACCACCAUGCCCAGAAGCUUGUCCACCAGCGCUUUAUGGUUAUCUGGAGAAGCAUAUCUGGGCUCAACAACCCCCGAAAAGACCGUUGAUGAAUGAGGUCAGCCAAAUUCUGCGCGACGUCUUGGAGCAGUUGAAACGGCGUGUCCAUCCUGAACAGAUUCGCGUCGUUCGCCCGAUUCAGAAUAUCCCAACUGCCCCUCUUGGUGACGAUGAUGAAAAUCUAAACCGUGUCCUGCGCUCCCUCGCCCUCGAUGAAGAAACCCCAAAUGGAAAUAUACCACCUAUUCAUAAUGUGAGCGCCAGCCAACUGAACUGUGUCCGAAGGGCCGCGGAGUCGAUUGCAGAGAAUGUAGGAAAACUGGAGAAUACGUAUAGUCAGCAGAUGAAACAUGAGGAUUUUGUGCAUGGCAUAAAGGAGAUCACCACCAGAAUGCGAAUCAAGUCGUCGGCGCGCAAGCUGUUCUUCGUGCGCCACGGCGAGCGCAUCGACAAUGUUGAUGCGGGGUGGAGGGCGACGGCCGAGAGAUGGGAUGACCCCUAUUUGAGCCAGCGAGGCCACAAGCAAGCGAGCGAAGUCGGUGCCCACCUCGGACGGCUCGACGACCGAAUUGACCACGUCUUCACCUCGCCGUUUACGCGCUGUAUUCAGACGAUGAAUGGUCUCCUCAGCGGCCUCGACAACAUCCCCGAAAUCCACGUCGAGCCCGGGAUGGGCGAAUCGUUGAAUGCUUGUGCUGACCCCCCAGGAAGGCCAGCCAUCGGUGAAAUCGAGAAGAUGUGCCCGUUCCGCGUGGAUACUGAGCAUGGCGGAGAUGAGGGAUGCGCCGAUCGGGUCGGCGCCACCGUACGGGCAAUUUUGAGGCGAUACCCAAAGGGAAAUCUUCUGUUCGUCUCUCACGGUUCUCCUGUGGCCAGCGUCCAUCAAGCAUUUAUCGGCCAGUGGAACUACGUGGGCCAGUGUACGGUGGGAGAGGUGAUCGAGACGGACGGCCAUUUCGAGGUGGUCCGCUGGGGAGAUUCGGGCCAUUUAUCAGAUCGCACCAAUCUCCGGGAUGUUCAGAGCCGUGACAAGCGUGAUCAGCCCCGGGCGAAGCCGCUUUUUGAGAGCCGCCAAAUCCCGCAGCCCGUC